CCACAGUCAUUUGUCUCUUUCAUCUCCCAGUGCCCUUUUUGGUAUCUCAAAUUGUCUUAUUGGGCAUAUACAGGUGUUCCUUUUGGGUUUCUCCAAGUGUUGUUUUGCACAUCCCCAAGAAUGCUUUUGGGGUGAAAGGUGUUCCUGUUAUAAGGUACAAAGGGUGCAUAAUUGUGUUUAUAUAAGCACUGGUGUAUGAAAUGAAAGAAUACAGUUAUUACAAAUGCUGAAAGAGAAUAAAAAAAUAUUUUCUUAUAAAUGUGCAAAGCAGGAAUAUUAUUAGUUGUAGUUCAUGUUGUAUUGCAGUUUGAGGUGUUGGACUGUGUUCAGGCACAUGGAUAAGGCUUGACUGCAAUGUUUCCACAGGCGUGUGGCAGCUCAGAUGAUAAUACGUUCUCCUAAUUGGAUUGAACACCAGCGAUCUACUGAGCUUUAGGCAGAGAGAGCACUGCCAUUCUCAGUGCAGACUUUCUGUCCAACAGGUACUAGGAUGAAGGACCCACUUCCAGGUCCCAAAUUCCACAAGGUCUGGCCAAAACGCCAAACAGACAAAAAAGCCAAAAACGAAGCUCCAACCAAAACCACCAAACCUGUCCUGCUGACCCCGAGAAUACCAACUUUAACAGCAGAGCAAAGGAUGAAGCAGACACGAUUCGAGAGGGUCGUCUACGACAUGGCUCACAACAAGCGAGUGGUCAGUGACAUCAUCCUGGGCAAAAGGAUAUCUUUCUAUGAGCUACGAGGAGAAAUAGGCACCGGCAAUUUCUCACAAGUCAAACUCGGCAUUCAUGAUUUGACUAAAGAGCGUGUUGCAGUGAAAAUUCUUAAUAAAAUGCGCCUGGACAAGAAGACGCAGACGUUAUUUACUUCUGAAAUCUCUUGCAUGGAAAGACUGUCGCAUCCAAAUAUUGUGCGCCUUUAUGAGGUGAUAGAGUCAAGCAAGCACUUGUACUUGGCUAUGGAGUACGGCAGUGGGGGAGACCUCUUUUCACGCAUCAGCACCAGAGGGCGCCUGCCAGACCUCGAGAGCAAGCUCGUCUUUGCCCAGAUCAUCUCUGCAGUCAAAUAUAUGCACGACAACGACAUCGUCCACCGUGACCUUAAAGCUGAAAACAUCUUCUACACCACCAGCUACUGUAUUAAAGUUGGUGACUUCGGCUUCAGCACAAUCAGCGGCCCUGGCGACAUUCUGACUACGUUCUGUGGCUCCCCGCCGUACGCCGCACCCGAGCUGUUCAGGGAGAAGAGCUACGUGGGCCUCUUUGUGGACAUCUGGGCUCUGGGGGUUCUGCUUUACUUCAUGGUGACCGCCACCAUGCCGUUCCACGCUGACAACCUGAGCCGGCUGAAGCGUUGCAUCCUGCAGGGGUCGUACGCUGUUCCCCAGCACGUGCCUGAGCCCUGCCAGCAGGCCAUCAAAGGCAUGCUGAGGCCUGUGCCUCCUGACCGAAGCAGCCUCUCCCAGCUCAUGUCCUGCUCCUGGCUGAGCGGCAUCGACUACCCCAAGCCUUAUCCCACGCUCAGCCUCACGCCCAACCACCUGGCCGAACCCUCCCCUGACCUGUGUGUAGAAGAAAAGGAAGUGACCUCAGCACUCAAGGACUUGGGCAUAAGCAGCACGCACCUACAGAACAACACCUGCACAGACUUGCGCAGCCCCAUCACAGGAACCUACCGCAUCCUGCUGCACAGCAUUCAGAAGAGGAGGUCAGUGGAGAUGGUAGGGUAUUCCGCACUCUAUCCCGAGGACUUUCGGGACAGCAAGCACUGGGACAGCAAACACGACCCGUCCUCUGUCUGCACUGUGCUUUAAUGACUGGCCUCUGGGUCCCAUCAUAGUGUGGUGCAUUUAGAUAGUCCUUUCUCUUAAACCUUGUAAACAACAUCAUAAAUAUCUGGCAUGAAAUCAACAAGUCUUAGGCAAGUCUCAUGUUGCCUAAGUUUACAAUGUUCAGCAAGUACGUUCAGGGAGUACAUUCUCCAGUACUGGGUCACAUUCAUAAAACUGGUAAUGAAAUCCUAUUCACAAAGGUGCAGUGGUAGAAAUCAGUUUGAUACUCUCUUUAAAUUGUUUUUUAUUGUUGUAGUGUUUUCACGCAGUAUAUGCAUGUUAAUAUCCACUUCUCAGCUCCUGUUUGAGUGCCAAAUUUGAAACGGGAAGUUCUAUCCAAUGUCAAAAGCAGUUCCAAGGUAUCUAGGCAAUCUCAGUGCACAGGGACAUGUGGAGUUGGUGAAUUUAAACUAAAUAAUAAUACAAAAAACUACAGGUCAAAAGAUUAAAAACACUCUAAUUUUUGUCUGCUGGUUGACAAACUCAUACAGUACACAGCAGAAGUACCCAGCAGACUUCGUCUGAGGGAGGAAUCUGUGGCUAGUCAGGGUGGGUUUGUGGCAAGAAGUCACCAGAUAAGGAAGAUUUAAGUGCAUUCAAAUAAUGAGUUUUGUGCUUCUAUUGCAGUUAAGCAUGAACUAGCUUGUUCGUGUUUUGCCAUUUAGCACAAGCUAAUCUUAUACAUAGAGUGGCCAGCAACAGAUUAUUUGCAUAAAAGUGACAGAGCUCCUAAAUGGCUCAUUCUGUAAGGGACUGAAGCUGGCAAGUAUAGAGCGGGUGAGUUUCUUUAUUUAAGGGUGAUUUUGUGCAAAGAAUUUUAUGAACUUGUUUUGUAUAGCCCUUAGACCUAUUCUAAUUUGUGUAAAAAUAGUUAUUUAUAGUAUGUUACCUUUAAAUGGUAUAAAAUUUAGAAGUAAAUUUACUUGGCUUUUAAGGGGAAAAAAACUAAAACUGACAAUUUACAAAUAGGGAUGUUCUAAAACUUUUUGCCAAUAGUGUACUUCAUGCAGCAACUUGGUUAAAAAGAAAGUUGGGUGUGUCCCAAUUGCAUAUUAAUUCCUAAUACUAACUAGAUGUUGAGUAUAAAGUGUAGUUUAGGUAAAGGUCUGCAAGUUAAGUAUACACAAAUAAACACAUUGUUUGAGUGUGUCCCUGAGUGUAAUGUCUCACAGUAUUAGUGUGUAGUGCGCAAUUGGGACGUAGCCAAGGGGCCUGAUUUGUCUAUUACGUAGCUGCGGCUGGCGGCCUUCAGAAAGUUGACACCUCUAUUGGAGGCGGUGAUGAUGUAAGAAGAAGAAAAGCUUCUGAUUGGCUAAGCUGUAACUCAACCGGCCCUCACUAUACCCAGUCCCUGUGCAUUUAGUAACCCUCUAACAUCCAUCUUUUAAAUGUGCUAAGAAAGUGGGAGCAGCUGAAAUUGGGAAUUCUAAUGCUUGUUAACCUCUAGGAUAAUUAUUUAGUUAUUAAUGUUAAUGCACAUUCAUAACUAUUGUGAUAUAUUUAUUGACUGCUUUAGUUCAGCAUGUUUCGUGGCAUCCCAAAGGGCUCCAUUUGCAAGCCUAUGAAACUGCACUAAGUUGUGAUAAUGUUGUUAAGAGUGAAUAAUCUGAAAAUCUGAUGAUCUGAUCAUCUUUUUAAGGCAUUUUUUAUGACAAAAACCUUAUAAGUGAACCUUGAGGAAAACUGGGAUUACAGGCCCUUUUGCAUAUCAGAUAUAUAAUUAUAUAUAAUUAAAUAAUUAAAAAUAUAUGGCACUGUACAUUUAAGUGAUUUCCUGCUAGAAUGUUCACUUUACCUCAGGAAGAGCUUGGGAAUUAGCUGGUUAGUUGAAUCAGUGAUAAGGGAUCAGUGAUAUUAGAGCAGGGAUGAGUGAUUCAGGGCCUCUGAAGUACUGGGAGAUACGAACAUUAAUACAGUAAAUAGUAAAGCACCAAUACUACGAAUACUACAUUUGCAGGGAUGUGACAUGUUGCAUUCUUGUGAUUUAUAGUUUUAUCUGUCAUCAUUAAUUAUAAGUUUAUUCCAGCCACAUGCAAUGGUUCUCUUUAGCUUUAUCUAUUUUUGUAAUAAAGCAAUAAGGUAUAUUUGUAAUGAA